AGCGUUUCUAUAUUAAAGAAAAAAAAGCCUUAUCCUCUCAAAAAUCAGCUACACACAUCUCCCUCCCUCACAGGAAAAAUGGCAGCUCUCCGUUUAACUCCGUCUCUCCCUCUCAACUUCCAUCACAACCAAACAAAGUACCCCCUUCAAUUCCACCCAACCACUCCAAAUCCCAAGCCACAUUCCACCACCGCCUGCAUCCUCCGCCGCCGCCGCCUCUCCACCGCCGCCCGCGCGUACAAAGUAAUCGUCGAGCACGACGGCGGAACGACGGAGCUGGAAGUGGAGCCGGACGAGACGAUCCUCUCGAAGGCUCUGGAAAGCGGCUUGGACGUGCCGUACGACUGCAAUCUCGGCGUGUGCAUGACGUGUCCGGCUCAGCUGAUCUCCGGGAAAGUCGACCAGAGCGACGGUAUGCUGAGCGACGACGUCGUUGAGAGGGGCUACGCGCUCAUGUGCGCGUCGUAUCCGAGAUCCGACUGCCGUGUAAAGAUUAUACCCGAGGAGGAAUUGCUCUCCCUUCAAUUAGCUACUGCUAAUGAUUGAUUUUUAUUUAUAAUUUAGUCCUUUUUGUUUUCGGUUCUCUCUCUUUGGUCUGCCCAAUUUAAUUUUUUGGAUCUUUUGAGUAU